UUGACAGGGGUCCUGUCUCUUCACAGCCGCUCCAAGUGAGGAUACCUUAGGAGCUUAGGUCACGGUGGCUGGCACAAAGGCAGACCAGCAGGCCAACUCAGUCCCAACCACCGACACACGUUAGAGAGAACCAAGGCCGCCAGGGCCCAGGGUAGACUCGGCACAACGGAACCGGGUUGCUGUAUUUCUGAAUAUCAUUACAUUUUUGAACGCUGCAAAAUGCAGCUACGGGACCCCUUAUUGCCGUGCUCCCCGAGACCUCCGUCCGCCGCUGACUGGAUGCGACUCUCCUGCUAAUCGCGCAGCCUCCCUGUCAUCCCCGUCCGAGGUGGGCGGCCUCGAUCGCUACAAUGACGACUCCGGAUAAGGCGCUGUCGAGUUCACAUCCGAGUUCACAUCAUUCCGAGGCUCUCCCGUCAACCAGAUCUGGAAGCAGUGCUGGACGCUCUGCUUCCACGCAGCAUAGCUCGACGCGAACACUGCCUCCCUGGAUUGACUCAUACGAAGAGCGCUAUGGCAUGCCCCCCGUGGAUCAGUUGCGCGCCCUCGGCCUGCCGCCUCCACCUGCCAUGCCGGCCCAACACAAUCAUUCUCCGAGCCAGCCGCAGAGAAGAGUGUCAAAAGAUGGCUAUGUCUACGAUAACCCGGCGCUGUUGGGGCUUGAGGAAUCGAGGAGAUCGAGAGCAAGGCUGCGCAAGUUCUUAAAGCGCAAGGACGGUGCCGAAAGAGGGAGAAAAUGGGACCACUUGCGCUCGGCAGAACCCGUCAUUGUACCGCGCUACAUCCGGGCGGCCGCUCCGGAUUCGCCGUGGCGGAGCUACGUCCAGUCGUCCCGUUACGGCCGGCUGCCGAACGAGGAGGCCCAAAUCAUUGACCCUGAGGACCUGGAAAAGUUGCAGCCUGGAUUCAAUAGCCCCGCCGAUGUCCCACGGAUGGGCGAGCCUUACGGACGGAGACAAACACGGACCAGAGUUCUCUACAAAAGAAUAUGGCAAAUUAUCCUGCGCCAUCCGCUGGUCCCACUCGCUUUUCGCCUUGCCGUCCUCUUGUGUUCCAUCGUCGCACUUGCACUCUCGGCAAAGAUAUACGAGUUCGAACACCACGGAAACGGCCACCGUUCAUCUGAGCUAACGCAGUCCGUAGUCGCCAUCGUGGUGGACACGGUGGCCAUCCCUUACAUCGGUUACAUGACCUGGGACGAGUACACGGGCAAGCCUCUGGGGCUGCGGGCGCCCACACAGAAGAUCUCGCUCAUCCUCAUGGACCUCUUCUUCAUCAUAUUCAAAUCCGCCAGCACGGCCCUCGCCUUUGAGGCUCUUGUCUACCACAACUCGGGCGACCGCCAGACAAGGGAGUUCAGUCAGGCGUUGGCCGCGCUUCAGGUAAUCAGUCUGAUAUCUUGGAGCCUUACCUUGUCUGUCAAUGUCUUCCGCCUGGUGCAGAAGCUUGGCGGAGGGGAGGAUGACCGGUAACCGCGUGCGCGGCGAGAAUACGGCGGGCGGGCGUCAUGGACGGCGUGGUUGGGUAAUUGGAGUUUGGGGUUUCUGUAUUCUAGGGUCUUGCAUUUAUUCACGGUAUACCCUCAUCCUCCUUAGGCAGCAUACUUCACUAUCAGGCCUCUGCCAUCUGUAUCCUGUAAUGAAAGCUAUGUAUUAUAUAUUCUGGAUGUAUGAUUGUGACCGGAUGACCCGCAAUGAUAUCGAACGUCAAUCUCCAUUGUGCGAAAAAGAACUUGAAUGAAUGCAUGAG